UUUUAUUAUUUUUUUUAUUUAUUACCUUUUUAACCUAUGCUUGUGGAUACUGCUGGAAGUUGUAAAUUUCCUACUGGGAUGCAUGAAGUAUCUAUCUGUUUAUCUCUAUAGGCAUUUACUGUUUGUUUCUCUCUAACAUGAUCACAUUCAGAUGAUUAACUUUUGACUGUUUUUUUGUUGGAGGUGAAUAUGAAGGACGUGAACUGAGCACUUUAUUUACGUUUAUGGCAUUUGGUACAUGCCUUUAUCCAUAGCAGCUUACAUUUUAUCUCAUUUUAUACAACUGAGCAGUUGGAGAUAAUGCUUCUUGCUCAAGUACCCAGCAGCCUGGGGUUCAAACUCACAGCCAUCUGAUCAGUAGUCCAAUACCUUAACCAAUGAGCUACCGCAUGCCCCGUAAACCACUUUGUGCACUCUUCAGUGCACAGACUUUUAUAUGUGACAGUAUUUGUUUUUUAGGUUUGUUAAGAACCUGAGCAGUACGACUGACAGUGAUUGUACCUGACUCUUGGUCCUGUUUAAUCCUACCAAUUAUCUCACUUAGGAGGCUCUUGGGUGUCAAGUAGAGUGACAGCUGCUGGUGAUAUUAAAUGGGAGAGAAAAAUUUAUCACUAGCUUGACAGUGAACCUUUAGUGAGAAGGUCUUGGAAAGAUGUAAGGCAGGCACGCACACGCACACACACACACACACACACAAAUCUUGACAGAUAUAUUCAAGGCAGCUGCAUUCGUGACUGAAUUUUUCAAUCUUUGAAAAUCUCUGUGUUUCUUCUGAAUGCCAGACAAUAAAUGGAUGAAAGGUUUUAAGGCUUUAAUUCAAACCAAACAGCACUUAAUUUCCAGUUGUUUCUGUCCUUUAGUCUAAUUUGCAUUGUAAUCUACCUACAAGACAUACAUUCCACCUGUGACCGUAGAUCGCAUGCAUUUUCAUUCUCUGCUGCUUAUGUGUGAAAACCGUAUACUGAAGCCCAGUUCACUAACUUAUACUAUGCACUAAAAGUAUGUGCCCAUAAACUGUCACAAAUCUCCUCCUCCAUCACCUUUGGGAAGCUCAUUUUAAUAUAAUAUGAUUUGGAAGUCUAAUCUCUGAUACUAUUUAGGAAGGACAGUAGGCAAAUUAGGAUGCAGCAAUGAUGAUUACAUCAAGGAAGAGUUUCACCAGAUAUAAAUGUCUCUGAUAGGCUGUAUGAAUCUACAUUCUGGGCUAGAAAGAAAUAAGCCCCAGUCUCACUGAUUCAUAACAUUUCAUUGUGUUUAUUUUAGAAGCAGCUGUUGCUCUUGGUUCUAUGAAAAUCCAACAUAAUCCUCCAUAAAAGAUUCGAUAGCAGCAAAUAAUCUGAUGUGGAAGCCAAAUUGCUUUCUUGCUUGCCUGUUUAACUGUUUAACUUUUCAGGCUCAAGCCGCACAGUUCCUCGAUGUCGAAGCACAAACUCUUCCUGCUGCGGCAUGGCGAAGGAGCGUGGAACAAAGAGAACCGCUUCUGCAGCUGGGUUGACCAGAAGCUGAGCGAGAACGGAGUCCUGGAGGCUCAGGAGUGCGGUCAGAUGCUGAAGCAGAAUGGCUACGAGUUCGGCCACGUUUUCACCUCGAUCCUCAGCCGCUCCAUUCAGACAGCGUGGCUCGUGCUAGAGGCCAUGGGCCAGGAGUGGGUGCCUGUCACUAAGUCAUGGCGCCUGAACGAACGCCACUACGGCGCUCUGAUCGGCCUGAACCGGGCCGAGAUGGCACUGAACCACGGUGAAGAGCAGGUAAAGCUGUGGAGGCGGAGUUAUGACAUCACUCCACCGCCCAUCGACGAGUCCCAUCCCUACUUUACAGAGAUCUACAGCGACCGGCGGUACAGCACGUGUGAUGUGCCCAAAGAGGAGCUGCCCAAAACAGAGAGCCUGAAGGAGGUGCUGGACAGACUCCUGCCUUACUGGAAUGAUGUCAUCAUCCCUGAAAUUAAGAGCGGCCAAACUGUCCUCAUUUCAGCUCAUGGAAACAGCUGUAGAGCCUUGCUCAAGCAUCUAGAAGGUAUAUCUGAUACCGACAUUGUGAAAGUCACUCUACCCACUGGAGUACCGGUUCUGCUGGAGCUGGAUGAAAAUCUGCGGCCAGUGAAGCCUCGAGAGCUGCUGGGAGAUCAGGCCAAAAUUCAGGCAGCCAUCCAAAAGGUGGAGGAUCAGGGAAAAGUCGUUGAGGAAAAUAAAUGAAAAAGUUGCGAUGCGUUCAAGAGAAGUGAAUUUAUAGCUAGUUUUAUUUAUACUGAUGCACUGAACAGGAGAAUAGUUACACCCUAAUGUACACCUGUGUCGGGAUAGUUACUGGUUUUAGGUUUUGGUUUUGGAUAAAAACCAGCAGCUGUUACUUGGACAAGAUGAAUAGGCACAUUUUAUUCUUUUUGGUAAAAGAUUAAGAGAAAAAAGUGAAUUGCGGUGGAUUUCUGUACUGUAUAACUCCAGUAAUGAGCCUGCUCUUAACCAUGGUUGCAGAUGUGUUUUCUUUAGAGAUUACUGGUCUAACUGGUCUGAAUUGAAAGACUAGCUGUACUUUUGUCUUAAUUAAAGGAGAGUCCAGGAUCCACCCAUGUUUACAACGUUUGCUUUUAAGAAUUGGUUGUGUUGUCUUACUCGGAACCGUUAGUAGAUUCGAUGCUGUAGAAAUGAUUUUAAUAGUUUGUGCACCUCAAUGCAAAAUGUACCUCAACAUUACUACUAGCCAGAGCGUACUAAAGCACGUUGUACGCUGAUGGGCCCUGAUGUCUGAUUUUCUUUUCAUUAGAGCUGUUGCCAGAUUUUUUGCCAGGAAAAAAUGUACAAGGAAUGAAACACAGCUGUAAUAGCAAAACAAUCAUUCAAACCCGAUCCAUGUUCUAAGGUGUUUUAUUACUCUUAUGCUAGAGAACACCAACAAUUUUUCUAUUUAUUAAAUGAAGACUCAUGGUACUUUUUAUCCAGUUACAGUAACAUUUUAUUUUAUUGUUUAUAACAUUGAUAAACUCUCCUCUCUCUCUUACACACACACACACACACACACUGGAAUCUCUCCUUGAAUUCAUAAGACCUGUUAACAAUAAACAGCAAAGCACUCCAUCCAGAAGACUUCCCCAUGUCGGAAAACUUACUUAUCUUCUGAAUUUGCUCUUUUGUCUAAAGACAUAAUUCUUCUUCUUCUUCUUAUUAUUAUUUAUUGCUUGAGGAUGUUUUGGAGACAUACACUAUAUAUCCAAAAGUAUGUGAACCCACCUGACCAUCACACACAUGUGCCCUGUUGAACAUCUCAUUCCAAAAGCAUGGGCAUUAAUAUCAAGUUGUUCCCUCGGUAAGCUCCACUCUGUUGAGAAGGCUUUCCACUAGAUUUCGGAGUGUGUCUGUGGGGAUUUGUGUUUAUUCAGCUGGCAGAGCAUUAGUCACAUCAGCUUUGUACACAGGGGCAUUGUCUUGUGUGUUAGUUUCAGUGAGGAAAAUCGAAUGCUACAGCAUGCAAAUGACAUGUUCGAGGAAGGUGUAAUGGUCAGGUGUCCGCAUACUUUCGGCCAUGUCCUGCUAUUACAGUUUUACGACCUUGAUUCAGUAGCACGUUAAAUCCUGUACAUGUUCUGCUUCGUUUUACAAAUGAAACACGUCUUUCUGUCCUCUCUGGGCUUCUUGCCAUCAGUCUACUAUUGAGUUGCUAAUCAUAGCUUCAAGUCUCACUGUAUAUGUUGUACUACUGUUAUAUGGUGCUUGUCUGAGGGGGAAGUUUUUCUACCUAGUCCUGGCAACAAGUCUGACAACAGCCGAUGAGUUAAUGAACAGAAAAUUCUGGGAUGGUGUUAAUUCAUCAACAAUCCCUCAACUCCGGCUCACUCAGCAAUCCAUCACCUCCAGCCGAGGCUCCGUAAGUGUUUGGAUAGAAACGUAGCCUCCUCCUAUGUUUUAAUUAGAAACAGAAGAUUUCAGAUUUAAACAAUGACCCUUGUGUUCGUUCGUGUUGCGUUAUGGAGAGGUUCACUGUGCACUGGGAAAGCAGAAACCACUCUUACUAAGUUAUUGAGAAUUCUCGCACCUUAUUUUAGCUAGACGCUUGACCUCUUAUCUUCCUUUCUUUGUUUUUUAGAAGGAGAGUUAAAGUAUAUUUUAGCUUCUUCUAACUUGAAAUGAAUGAGGUAUAUCUAUGACUCCUGAAAACAUAGUACACACACACACACACACACACGGCAUAGUGUUUAACCUCAUGUUUGUUUAAAAAUGAACAGAUCAUUACAGGCUUUAUUGGAAGCUUUCUCUGUGCUCUCUGUAUAUCGUGUGCUUUGUUUUAUGUCUCUGUAACCUCCUUGUCACAGAUCUGUGUGAAUUAUAGUCCGAGGGCAUGUUUUUCUUUUCUUUUUGUCAAAUGUCAUGACUACUUAUGUUUACUACAUCUGUAACGCCGAUGUAUAAAAGCUCAGUUUUUCUGUUAAAUGAAGUAUAAGCAGAAUUAUAGUAUAAUAUUAUGUCAUUAUUAUUAAGUGUAAAUGGAAAACCCAAGGUAAAUAAAGCUAGUUGUCCUUUCA